AUGCCACCAAGUUGUGUAACCAGUGGUGUUCAGGUCCUCUACGUGACAAAACCUCCAAAUGAUUUGAAAACAAUUGACUUCUUCUGCUGUCAGGCCUGUUUUGCUUGUCUUUGCCAACUACUCGGGGACUUUGAAGCAGUUCGCGCCCUGAGCCCAACGGAACGGGUCCGACUAGCUUUCGACGCUGCAGGUCGACUGGGUGUAGCACGGGUCUUCGUGGACCCCUGUGAGGUCACUCGUGGUCGAGGGGGUGCACCUGAUCGUCUUUCAAUGAUGACUUAUCUCCACCAGUUGCGUACUGUCUUGACAGCUGCUGCUUUUGCCAAGGAGUCUGCUGAGAUGUCAGAAAGAGCGAAUGCUAAUGGAGAAGUCAAUAACACAUCAGUGGAUGGCAAUAAUGAAGUCCACGAGAAAGAGGAGGAAGGGUCUAAGGACUCCACGAAGAAAUCCAAACGAAAAAAGACGAAACAGAGAUUCAAUUCGGGUAGUGGCAGUGCUUCAGAACGUUAUGAGCAACUGCUUAAUAAGGCACGAAAUCUCCUUGAGUCAACAAAAACUUCUGACAAGACCGAUUCUUCCAUGACUAGUGCAAAUGUUGAUGCAAAUGGGGAAUCGAACCCAAAACCUACCGAGAAAAAAGAAGUAGAAACGGAUCACUCGACCUCUGGGAACUUGAAGACACGGAGAUUGAAGAUAUCCAACCUCAAACUCUUUUCUGAUGGCAUGGAAUCGCAUUUAACCCCUGAAAAUUCCCCUCGAAAGUCAUCUUCAACUUCAGCUUCCUCAAAGACUUCACCUUACUCCCUUAGUAAGUCGCCUCUUAAAAAUAGCUUAAAGGAGCCUUCAUGCGUUGAAUUAAAGUGUUUCUACCAUUUCAAUUGA